UAUAAAUCCAAGUAUUUUCUUUUUUCCUCGGUCAGCCAGUUAACCUCCACUACUGUCUUUUCUUCUUCUAGCAGAUAAGUGAGGACUACAGAAGGAUGUCUGACGUGUGAGUAUCUUCACCUUCAUCAGUAAUAACCAGCUAUUUAUGAAUUAUGAUAUCGGUCAUGUCUCUAUCAACAUUCUCUACUAUCUAUGCUCCAAUGGCUGCUUCAACCGAAGCCCCCAACCAAAGCAAAAACCCAAGAUCACUUCAGCUCAUCGGUUGGGCUUCAAGAUAAGGCUGCUAAAUACAGCACUGGAAAUGCUGAAAGUAGAGAAGCAGGAUAAAGAAAAGGAGAGGGAGCAAGUGCUCAGUGAGAGAAUUCCUCCGCUCCAUCUUUCCAGUCUGUCAGUACAGGCAUUACAGAUACAGGAAAUGAAUCAGAAGAUCAAUGAGAUGAAGAGCAAGCUGAAGAGGCCUAACCUGAAGAGAGUCAAACUGUCCGCUGAACACAUGUUAAGUGUCCUUCUGGGCUCCAGACACACACAGUCCAUUGACUUCAAAGCUAACCUGAAGACAGUGAAGAAAGAAGAGGAGAAGAAAGAAGAGGUGACUGACUGGUGUAAAAACGUAGAGGCCAUGUCUGGAAUGGAGGGCAGGAAGAAGCUGUUUGAUGCUGGACAGUACGAUGGCAGCAGUACCAAACCAAAGAUGACGUCAAAGAUAUGUCAGCCUGCAACAACAUAUCAAGAAGAAGAAGAAACACUCAGCAUGUCAGUCAACAAUUCCUUUAUGUUCAAGGUCCCUUAAUGAUGGUUGUGAAAAGAUCUGUUAUUUUAGAUCUGAAUUAGUUAUGGUUUUAUGAAAAUAUUAAAAUAUCAUUCAAUAUUCCAACAUAAUGUCUUCACAGAUUUUUUUAAUGUCCCUUUUAAAUAGGAUAUGAUAUUAUUAAUACCUUCUUGUAAAGAAAUGAGAUAUGUGGCAAUUGUAUACUUUUCCCAGGAUAUACAGUACAAACUGUAU